AUAAAAGUUAACGAAAAUGUCCAAAACACUUCUUGCUUUAUUGAUCAUCUCCAUGCUUGCAUUUAGCACCCAAGGUAAAAUACACAUUUAUAUCAUCACUAAUCGCCAUAUAUUAUUUAUUUAUUCACAAAUUCAUAUCUCCUGACUCAACUGAAAAAUAAUACUUUUAGCUGCCACAAGUAGCAAGCAUGUAUCAAAACAUCCAAGAUCAGAUACUUCUUCUGAUGCUUAAACAUAUUCAGAAGAAGAAGAAUCAGAAGAAACUUCAGAUCUUUUGGCUUAAUCAUCAUCUGAAGAGGAAGAAGAGGAAGAGGAAUCUGAUGCUUAAUCAUCCGAAGAAGAAGAGGAAGAAGAAGAAGAAUCUGAUGCUUAAUCAUCUGAAGAAGAAGAGGAAGAAGAAGAAGAGUCUGAUGCUUAAUCAUCUGAAGAAGAAGAGGAAGAAGAAGAAUCUGAUGCUUAAUCAUAUGAAGAAGAAGAGGAAGAAGAAGAAGAAUCAGAUGCUUAAUCAUCUGAAGAAGAAGAGGAAGAAGAAGAAGAAUCAGAUGCUUAAUCCUCAUCUGAAGAAGAAGAAGAAGAAGAAGAAUCAGAUGCUUAAUCCUCAUCUGAAGAAGAAGAAGAAGAAGAAGAAUCAGAUGCUUAAUCCUCAUCUGAAGAAGAAGAAGAAGAAGAAGAAUCAGAAAGAUGUAUAAAAAUGAUGUUAUUUUAGUCAACAAACGUUUACACAAAACUGGAACUGCUGCAGCCCCAAGCCCAGCCCCAGCCGCAGCCCCAGCUCCAGCUCCAGCUGCUGGUACCCCCGCAGCCACCAAGAAUGGAGCUAUACUAGCAGCCAGUUUAGUUUUAGCCGCCAUUGUUUUCUGAUACAUACAUAGGAUAUUUAAAAACAAAUUUACCUUAUAAUAAUAAC